CAAUGACAGUGGUKUCAAGGUGCAUCCAGAAAGGAGACUGCGUUGAGUACUGGCUCGKAGGUUGUGUCAAAUCUUCCUUCUUUUCCUUAUUUUUUUUAUAUUUUUACGCCGAUUAAUUCAAUUAGUCUAUAUUUCUAAUAGUGCGUGGGCUUCCUGUGUAUACUAAAAUCACCCAGAGCUCUUUGCUGUCAUUCUCCUCCCAUAAUGCAUUGCGAGUGAUGUUUUGGUUUUACUUGGGCGGAAACAGAAUUAAAUUUGACAUGUGAGCACAGAAAUAGUGAAGCGGUGGUCUUCAUAUGCUAUUCACUUUGUACUAGCAAUGAUUUCGUAAAGUUAUGUGCCUCUGAUAGAGUCAAAGCAGCAACAAUGGCUAGUGUUGCACACAAACCCAAAUUCGCCAUUGAUCUUCUAUCGAAGUCUGGCCACGAGGCGAUUGUCAAGUUGAAUGAAAACGAAGUGAAGCUUCUGGAACACAUGAAACAUUACAUGACAAAGAGAUUGAAAGUUGAAAGGGAUUACUCAUCAGCUUUGAGUAAAAUAAACGCGUCAGCCAGCAAUGCUAUGCCAGACGGUGACCAGGCAAGCUUAAUACGAAAGGCUUGGGCUACAUUUCUCAAAGAAAGUGAUACAAAGGCACAGCUUAUCAACCAGUUUUCAACACACAUCAGCACCAAUACCUUCAGCAAACUUGACCAGCUCAUACAAGACAGAAAGAACCUACUAAAGCGAUAUUCAAAUGAACGAUUUCGUGUUGACAGUGAAUACAAACAAGAAUCUGAUGAGAUUGAUCGUUUGAGACGGACUUACCGUGAUAACUCCAAAGAAUCAACCAAUGCUAAAUCUAAGUAUGAGGAAGUAGUCAACAAAGAAAAGACUUCACAAAAGGAGUGGGAAAAAUAUAAAGACAAAUUUGUUAAGAUGACCCUUAAACUCCAUCAAAAUCACAACGACUAUGUGCUUUCUCUGAUAUCGUCUAAUGUGCAUCAGGAAUGCUAUUAUAACUCUAUUGUACCUACAAUGUUGGAGUACAUGCAAAACCUGCAAGAGAGCUACGUUGGUGAAUGGAAGGGAAUUCUUGAUGACUUUGACAAAUUCACUGAUGGUUGCCGAGAGGAGUUUGCAGCAUCUAGUAAAAAUGUYCAUGAUGCAAUCAAUGAAAUAGAUAAAGCAACAGAGUAUGACAAUUUCACUUCAGAAAACAAAAAAAACAGUCCAAUGUGUCCAUUCAUCUUUGAGCCAACUUUGAAUGAACAUAUUUCCAAAGAUCUUGAGCCUGACAAACUAGUAUUGAAUGACUUGACACAUGAGAAAUUGUCCCACAAGAAAACCUUAUUGUCACAAGAACUACAGAUUCUAGAACAGCAGCUUGAGCAUAAAAAAAGAGACCUCAAGAUUGAAAUGGAUAACCUAAAACAAGUCGAAGAAGAUGGUAGAGAGCUGCUAUGUGUGUUGCARCGGGAAGUCACAGUGGCAGCAGUGUCUUGGCAGUUUGAAGAAAUGAAGUGCAAUCAGCAGAAACUGGAGGUGAUACAAACUGUUACCUUAUUUAAGUCCAGACAUGACUACAAUCAAAGUACUCCAGAAUUGAGGAAAAGCACGAGAGUGGGAAAAUUYUCGACUCUUUUUGACAAGAGAAAAAAGUCUUCCAGUACAACGAGUGAUGACCAUAAGAGAACUGAACCAGACGGUACUGCUGAUGAUGAUAGUGACGUCGGGGAGUACGUAGAGCCCCCAGACGAUACACCUCUUGAGGAAGAGGAGUGGUUCCAUGGUAAAAUAUCACGUGAAGAGUGUAAGAAACGGCUGCAACAUGACGGAGAGUACCUGGUACGAGAGAGUGCUACUAAAAGCGGAGAAUACGUACUGUCAGCAAAGGACAAAGGAGCAUUGAGACACUUUAUCAUUCAAAAAACAGAGGAGGGAGGUGUGCGUUUCGAAGACAAUGCUUUCCCAACUAUCCGCGAACUUUUGAACUAUCAUACCAUUCAUAAAGCGCCAGUGACAAAGAAGUCUGGGGCCAUGCUAACGACUGCAAUACAACGCCCUGAUCACAAGCCAACGAGAGAUAAGUGGAGCAUGAGCCAUAACAGAAUUAAGAUCCAAUCCAAAUUAGGCCAUGGUCAUUUCGGGGACGUUAUGAAAGGGAUUCUUCUGCCUGAAAAUUUACCAGUUGCUGUUAAGUCAUGCAAAGAGAACGUAUCCGAUGUUGUCAAGCAAAAAUUUCUCGCCGAAGCAGCAAUUUUAAAGCAAUAUGAACAUCCGAAUAUUGUUAAGCUUAUUGGCAUAUGUGCUGACAGAGAACCGGUCUACAUUGGUACGUAUAGUCUUUUCUCGCGUUUGAAUAACAUUAUUGACCAUAUGAAAAAGGGCGUGGCUAUCGUAAUGCCAUUGCUCCUCAAKACUAAUCRACCUUUCAAARUGGUGGCCAUAUUGAUGAUAAGGAUAUGUGAUUCGUUUUAUUAUUUCAUUCUGUUAGAACUCUACGAGGCAACUAACAUGAGAGAGAUUCCAGUCAAAUGGACUGCUCCAGAGGCUUUGAAUUAUGCCCAGUACACAACGCUAAGUGAUAUUUGGAGCUUUGGGAUAUUACUGUGGGAGACCUUCUCUUUUGGAAAUACUCCUUAUCCUGGCAUGAAUAACAAGUCGAAGAUCACAGGGAAAAAAUCCAUUAAGCGAAAUUGA